GAAUCAUACAGAAGGACUGAGAUUCAUUCUUUACAGUGUAGGUCCUCCUGUCUGCCCCUCCUGCAUCAUCUGCCUCACCCGCGCUGCACCGUCGCUCCUCUGCCUCUUACACAGUUUUUCAGGAGGACCAGCCGCUGUCAGACUCCCUGCACACACACACACACCCACCCACCCAGCACGGACAUCUGUAGAGCCGACCAACAACCAUGGCUGCACGGGACACUUCCUUUAUUCUCGUCGGACUUCUGGUCCUCUUUCACACCUGGGGAGCGUGGGCUGAUGUGAAGGUGAAAAUGGAGGACAGAGUGGAGGUGUUCAGGGGAGAACCGGCUCAGAUCGCCUGCACGUUCACAUCGUCUGACGGCAUCGGCGGCAUGAUCAUUCAGUGGUUCUACGUGAAUCGUUUGGGGGAGAAGCAGAAGAUCUACCUCCAGAACAGCACCAUGAACGUUACAGACAGUGGCACACCGUUCACACAGCGGAUCAGUGUGAAUGGUACCGGAGCUGACGGAGAGAUUCUGUUGACGAUCAGCGACGUACAGCCUGAGGAUGAGCUAGAGUUUAUCUGUCUCAUCAAAACUCUGACAGAUGGGACUGCGGAGGGACGCACAAAAUUGAAGGUGUUCGCAACACCAGAUCAUCCCACUAUCGAGGGAGUGCAAACAGGGAUCUCCAUCAACGAAGAAAUACCAUCCAAGAUUGGAACCUGUGAGGUCAAAAAUGGCUACCCCAAGCCGAACAUCACGUGGUACAGAAACAACACGCCAAUACGCGGUGCUCAGGAUGUGGUGAAGGCGGUGCAGACUAUCACCACUGAGUCCAGUGGCCUGUACUCGGUUAAGAGCGAGCUGAACAUGAAGGUGAUGAAGGUGGACGUGCAAGCCCAGUUCUACUGCGAGGUUACCUACUUUAUUCCCAAAGAAUCAAGGAUGACCGAGACCAACCGCAUUAACAUCACCGUGUACUACCCCACCACAAGUGUAAUUAUUUUGGUGGAGUCACCGAAGGGUAAAAUCAAGGAAGGGGACUCCAUCGAACUUCACUGCUAUGUCAACGGGAAUAUGCCAUCCUCAAUCAUAACAAUCUCACAUGAAGAGAGUGGUGAUUACUGGGAAAACAAAUCGGUGGUGCUGGAAAAUGUGACCCGUCAGAACAGUGGAUAUUAUUACUGUAACUCCACGGACACUGAGUCGAACUCCUUUGAAGAGGUCUCAGGAAACACCAUGGUGUUUGUCAACUAUCUGGAUCCUGCUGUUGUGAAGCCUGAAAAUGUUGAGGUUCUCCAGGGAGACGAGCUGAUGGCCACCUGUAACGCCCUCUCUUCUCUCCAGACACAGACAGUCUGGUUUAAGGAUGGAAAGAAGCUUUCAAUGGGCCACAGUUUGAACUUGAAGAAUGCUACGAUUGAAACAGCAGGGACGUACAUGUGCGUGGUGACUGUUUCGGAGAUCGAGGGAAUGGAAACCAAAGGGACACUGACUGUUAAUGUCCAGGGCCCACCACAGAUCUUAGGGCCAGAUUUCAGAGAGGUACAGAAAAGUUCUGGGGAGAUGGUCAACCUGAGCUGUGAUGUCAUAGGUUACCCUGCUCCCACUGUCGUCUGGUACACCUCUGAUGGAAAGAGUCAUGAAGCAGCAUCGGAAACGGAUACAAAGGGCGUCAUCCACAGUGUGGUCAACAUCACGAUCACCUCUGACAUUACGGCUAUCUGUAACGCCUCCAACAACUUCGGCACGGUUGCCUUGACCUUCAACAUCAUAGCUAGUAAACGCACACCCAGACCAGACACCACCACUACUAACACUGCCGUUUCCACAACUCCAAACAAAGUCAAGAAAGCAGAGGGCAAGGGUGUUAUUAUUGCAGUCAUCAUAAUCUGCAUCCUGCUGCUGGCCAUCUUGGGUAGUGUGCUCUACUUCCUCUACAAAAAGGGCAAGAUCUGCGGCCGGUCCGGCAAGCAAGACCUCACCAAAGAGGUGUCCAGCAAAGAUAACAUUGUGGUGGAGAUGAAGAGCGACAACACAGAGGAAGCUGUGCUCCUCGGGGUCAACGGAGAAAAGCUGCCUCCAAGCAACUAGUGGGGAGCGGUGAGUACCGGGAUGAACAGAAGUGAGAAGGCGACUGCGGACACACCCACAGCUGCUCCAGUUCCUCCCUCUCAGGCUCAGACCGGCCAAUGCCUUCAAGCUAGUUUAAAUUAUCAUGAUGCACGACUGAGACUCAAAUUUUCUCCGAGCUGCAACUUUAGCUUGAUUGUCCUUUUAUCCAGGCAACAUUUCCUCAAGAAUACGCUUUCCUGAAAAGGGAUUUGAGCCCACCAUGACAUUACACAAUUUCCAAAACGACACCAAGAACUCUCGUAAGUUCUCAUUACCACGAGCCUUGUAUAUUGCUGAUUGUCCGUAGAACAAGACUUCGAGCACAACAUUGACCAGGGACUGUUUUUAUACCCGACUACGCAUCACCUCAGCCAAAGUAAUCACUGAAGAGCAGCGGGAAACUGGUCUUUAACAAGUGUACAUAUUAUAAUCUAUGUAUAUAUUUCUUUAUUUAAAAUGACAAUAUAGAAAAAAACUACCAAAAAUAAAUAACCAGAUAGUGUUUUAUUGUUUGGCUGUUCUUCAUGAAGAGCAAGAAAGCUUAGGUUAGAUGUCUUGUUUUUAUUUUUGACCUAAAGUCUGUUUCCUGUUCUGCUUAAGUCUGUACACUGAAUUCUUUGGUGAUGCAAUGAUGCGUCCGCCUGCAGCCAGUUACAGCCUCACCAAAGUUUUUCCUUUUAUCUCUGAACACAAACGUAAAGGUCAUUUUAUUUUUUCACACAUCAUUCACACCAGUUUGCGUAAUUUUAAAAAGAAGAUAUUUCUGUGAGACGGGUGCUUAAAUUGUCUGCUCAGCUUUUGAACCUAGAAGGGUUGACUUUAUUUGUAGUUUUAUGUUUUCUUUCCUUCAGAGUGUAGUUUUGUGUUGAAUCUUUGCCAACAGCCAAGUUAAAAGUUACAGAUGCCUUAGCAACUCAACCAAAGCCUUGUAGGAAUAUAAUUACUAUUGUUAGUUUAAUUCUAUUGAAUGUUCAGUGCACUGAUUUCUUUGUGUUUAUUCUUCAUGCAGUCGUGUUUCUCUAAUGUGAAACAGUGGUGUUGUUUAGUGUGACUGUAGGUGAAUGAACAUUAUUUCUGUCGCUAGUUCUUUUUUUUUAUGUAACGAUGAGGGUAGAACAGAUUUUGGUCCAUGGUAAAUAUGGUUCACAGCAUGAAGUUGACCUCAUUAGGAAAAUACACAUUUCUGUUUAAUGAAGUAAUUCUUUGACUGAAACUUGAAAUAAAUAGUUGGCUUCCUGAGAGACACAGUCCCCCCUCAGACAUGACGACUAUAGCACAGUAUAUCACUUCUGAGGAGGGGAUAAUGAUUGUGACUCCACAUAUGCAAAUUCAAUUUGCAGACAAUCGCAAUGUUUGGUAUUAUGCAGGUAUCAUCCAUACUUACCCUUCCUACCGUCUGUUGGUCUGUUUUGUUCUGCUGUUUUUUUAAGAACUACCACUGUUAAAUUGUUUUGGAUGUUUGAUUUCUGUAUAAUGCCUUUUAAUGCCUUUGACUUUCAAGUCAAUCUAUCAACAAAUUUAUUGUUUGUAGUUUUUGAAAAUUAUACCAAAUAAAGAUUGACUGUUAAACGAGAAGAA